AUGGAAGCACUAGAUGAAAUCCAAUGGAAAUCCCCUGAAUUUAUUCAAGAAAGAGGUCUAAAUACAAAUAAUGUUCUUGAAUAUUUUUCAUUAUCCCCAUUUUAUGAUCGUACUUCAAAUAAUCAAGUUCUUAUGAUGCAAUUUCAAUAUCAACAAAUUCAAAUCCCAAUGGGUAUGACAUUUCAUCAAUAUUUCCAAACUAGAUUAAGUGAAAUGACAGGAGUAGAAUUCAUUAUUGCAUAUACUAAAGAACCUGAUUUUUGGAUUGUUCGUAAACAAAAGAGACUCGAUCCAAAUAAUACCAUUACAUUACAAGAUUAUUAUAUAAUUGGAGCAAAUGUUUAUCAAGCUCCAAAAAUAUAUGAUGUUUUAUCAUCAAGAUUAUUAGCAAGUAUAUUAUCAUUAAAGAAUUCUACAGAUUUGUUGAAUGAAAUGACAAGUUAUCAUAUUUCAGAUGGUGGUCAUUCUUAUAAUAAUUCAAUUCAUGAUAAAAUGGCAUCUAAAUCACAACAAUCAUUUGCCGUGUCAAAAUCCGCUUCAAACAAUACAGGAAUUAAUACUAUGACUCCAAUUACAUUAACUACACCACUGGGUGCUACAGUUCCAAGUACUGUUUCUAAUAAUAAUAACGGUGUACUGAGUAAUAUUGAAAUAACUAGUGGAGCAUUUGACUCAUUGUUGAAUGAUGUGGUUAAUAAUGAUGAACAAGUAUAUAUAGAUGAAAUACCACUAUAUGGGAAAGGCAGUACAAUUGAAUCGUUAGGAUUAAAGGUAAAUACAGAAAACUAA